AGAUUAAAUAAUAAUGAGUUUAUGGUUAUCACUGACUAGCACUCUGACACAGAGCAGUAUGUAUUUGUCAAAAUAAUAUCAUUGUUGUGAAGAGCUCAAUUUGAGGCUGAAAUACGAAGGUUCAUCUGCGGUUACGUUUCUGUUUAGUUUGAUUGUGUGAAUUAUAACUCCCUUUGUCCCUUCGUAGGUGUGUCUGCUAAUGCUUCACGACAAAAAGAGUUUCGACAUCGACAGCGACAACUGCUCUACAAUUCAUCUCAUAAUCAACAUAGCACAAAUCCUCGUUUUGAUAGUGCCAUCGGUGACAACAUAAAUAAUGACCCAACAGUUUGUGACUUGAACGAAAAUCAGUCAGACUCGCUCGACACUACAUCUGACACUGACUCAGAGGAUGAUCACUACUACAAUAUUAGUAUGGAUGACACAUCGGAUAAUGAUGAUUUAUUCACUCAAGCAGACGGUGAUUUACACAACACCAAACCAUUAUAUUUUAAUUCAAAUAUUACUGUUGAGCAAGCUUAUAUUUAUAUUUGUGAUUACAUUUCAGAAUUUAAACUAACACUAGUUCAACAAAAACGAUUAAUUUUAUUACUUAUAUUGUUACUACCGAAUGAUAGUUUAUUGAAUCAGAAACAUUUAUCAAAAUGGAUGAGCGUAAAAAACUCAUUUACUUAUUCCGUCUUAUGUGCUCAUUGUACAAAUAUAUUAGAUACAAAAACUGGUAUUUGUUCUAUAUUAUGCCCAAUGAACGGAAAAUUAAGAACAGAUGACGGUAUUAUUGAAACAUGUUUAGCUGACAUAAAAGGUUCUAUGUCAAGAGUGGCUGAAAGAAAUAUCGAUUUGAUCAUGGAAUAUCCAAAACAAGCUAAAUUUCUUGUGCCAAAUGAUAUAAUAAAUGGCACGAUAUACCAAAGAGAUGCAACCAACGAUCCAACAAUAACCAUACAACUACAUUCUGAUGGCUUUGACAUUCUCACCACAAAACACAAGCACUGUUAUGCAACAACAGCCACCAUUCUUGAGAUCCCACCACCACUUCGUGAUUAUGCCCAAAACAAAAUAUUAUUAUCGUUAUAUUUCUCCAAAAAAGAACCAACACCUGAAUGCCUACUUAACAAUUUGAUUAAGAGAUUAGACGAAUUACGAACAAUAGGAUUAACGGUAAUAAAUUCCAACAAAAAGAUUAAUUUUAAGAUUAAAUUCCAAGGUGAUAAGAACGAUCAACCGUGUCGGUCGUUAAAAUGGAAAAUAUCCCAGUUUAAUGGCUUUGAUGCGUGUACGAACUGCCUACAACACGGUGAAACGCGCAACUCAAACAUGGUGUAUUAUCCGUAUACUACUAACCCCACACCUCGAACACAACAAAUGUAUUUGAAUGCUGCUAGAAUGGCCGACUCAAGAACAACAGUAACGCAACAUGCCAUCGUACAAGGCAUUAAAGGCACGAGUCCUUUAUUAAAAAUAUUCGAUAACGUUAGUGAGCACGCUCUGUUCGAUUACAUGCAUGCUUGCUGUGGAUCAUCAGGCCAUAUGGCACAUGUAUUGAGAAGAUGGAUUACCUCAGCAUCAGCAAAUGUUGCACAAUCAAUGUCGGAUUUCAUUCUCAAUAUUAUGAUGCCACACGAUACCAAAGUCUCAUUCAAACUACUAAGUCAGAUCGAUUGGUGGAAGAGUAAAGACUAUCGUUUCUUUCUACUAUAUAUUUCGAUGCCCUUUGCAAUUAAUUAUGUUCCACAUCAAGUAACUAGUCAUUAUGUAUUAUUCUUCAUUUCAAUUCGCAUUUUACAUUAUUAUCAAUACAGAACAGAUAUUGAUUAUGCUGAUAUGUUUAUAGACAAUUAUCGUAAAGAAUUAGCUAAUAUCUAUGGCCAUGAUUGGGAUUUAUAUACGAAUCAUUUAUUCAGAUAUUUUCCCUCACAAGUUAAAAAUAACGGAAGAGCAAUGUUAAAAUAG